UGUGCGGCCAUCUUUGCUUUGGGGCAGGCAGGCUCAGAAGAGAAGAUUCCACUCGACAGCGAAAAAUAUUCGGGUGAGUGCGUACGUGCGUGCAAUUUUCCAUGAUUUUUCGUUUUCCCUAAUGUUGUAGUUCGGGUGAGUAAUGUAAUUAGAGUAGUUCUUCGUUCCGGACGUGUGAAUAUUGUCGAGUUCUGGGUAUUCGUGCCCGAUCGUAUGUGGUUUUAGCAAUAGUGCAAAAUCCCCGGAAGUAGUGAAACCAGUUUUUUUUGUAUUCAGUGCUAAAAAAUCUACGGUAGAUGAUUCGUAGGCAAUCCUAUCCCGUAUUUAUCUUGCAAGUGAUGUAUUUUAUAUGAAAAUAAUUCUACGACAUGAAAAGUCUUUUCCGGGAUUAAAGUACUCUUGCGCCGUAUUGUGAGGUUUCAUCAUCAUUGCGCUGUCCCUCUUUCCGCUGGUAAUGGUUGGGUAAAGUCGAACUCGAUGCAACAAGGAAGGCUGAAAAUAUACGAAACGAAGAAAUUUUACCAGAGCGCGUAUGAGGAAAAAAGGCCGUCGUAAAAAGCGAAAGCCGAAUGUGGUUCGAUGUUGGUUUGUUUGUGGUGCGCGAAUGGACUAUGGAACAUAAAACUUAUAACGGGUUAGAGUAAAUAUCUUGAUGAUCGCCGUUGAAGCGGAAAUGCGAACGACGAAGGAACUUUUUUGAGUAGCAACUAUCGUUUCGGGUUAGAUACCUUAAUGUGUUGAACGUGUGCGCGAAGGUUCUAGCUGAAGUUCCCCGGACGGAGUAUAUUUUAAUGAAGCAACAAUAAGUGAAAUCUUGGAGCAGAAAGAGUCUUAAGGAUAUUAGAGAAACUGCUGCGGGUCGGAAGGUUGAUGCCGCAGUACGGAAAUUUGGCAAGUCGAUCAAUCCCACGGCUACAAUCGAUUGUGGUCAACCAGCACCCCGUUGUCUAACUUCAGAUUACUCGUCCACAACCGGAAGAAUGUGGAGCAGCAGUAAUGGGACCGGUGGCGGCGGGACUGGAGGCGGUGGAGCUGGUGCUGGCAAUGGCGGUCAGUCUAACAACAAAACACUGGGAAUGACGUCGGCCAUCAGUUUGGCCGAACCGAAACCGGAGGAUCACCAGAAAACUGGGGAACUGGAAAAGGCACUCGAACCUUACAACGUGUUCGAGGAAGAAUGGGAACUGAACCACCGAAUGGAAAUUCUGUCGAAGUUGAAUACCCUCGUUAAGCAGUGGGUGCGGGACGUGUCGAUUUCGAAAAACAUGCCAGAAAACGUGGCGGAAAAGUUAGGUGGUAAGAUUUACACUUUCGGAUCGUAUCGGCUGGGGGUUCACCACAAAGGUGCCGAUAUUGACGCAUUGUGUGUGGCCCCACGGAACAUCGAACGAGCAGACUACUUCGGGUCGUUCUUCGAGUUGCUCAAAAAGCAACCGGAGGUGACCGAGUGUCGUGCGGUUGAAGAGGCUUUUGUACCUGUAAUUAAGAUGAAUUUUGAUGGAAUCGAGAUCGAUUUGCUGUUCGCGCGGUUGGCUCUGAAGGAAAUUCCGGAUAAUUUCGAUUUGCGCGAUGACAUGCUGCUGAAAAAUCUAGAUCCGAAAUCUGUUCGCAGCUUGAACGGAUGUCGCGUCACCGAUGAGAUCCUGCGGCUUGUUCCGAAUAUUGCUAACUUUCGGUUGGCUCUUCGGGCGAUCAAACUCUGGGCAAAAAAACACGGAAUCUAUUCCAAUUCACUAGGUUACUUUGGUGGUGUGUCUUGGGCUAUGCUGGUUGCCAGAACCUGCCAACUGUACCCGAAUGCGGUAGCCGCUACUUUGGUUCACAAAUUUUUCCUGGUAUUUUCACGUUGGAAGUGGCCACAGCCGGUACUGCUCAAGCAACCGGACACGGUUAAUUUAGGAUUUCAGGUGUGGGAUCCGCGAGUUAACGUUCAGGAUCGGUUUCACCUGAUGCCGAUUAUUACCCCGGCAUAUCCACAGCAGAAUUCCACAUUCAACGUGUCCAGUUCGACGCGGAAGGUAAUGUUGAAUGAGUUCAAUCGUGGUAUGCAGAUUACGGACGAGAUCAUGCUGAACAAAGCUACCUGGGACAAGCUGUUCGAGGCUCCAAGUUUCUUCUUUAAGUAUCGACAUUUCAUCGUACUGUUGGUCACUUCCAACAAUGCCGACGAUCACCUGGAAUGGUGCGGGCUAGUCGAGUCGAAAAUUCGCUACCUAAUUCUGAAUCUGGAGCGAAGCCAGCACAUCAACCUGGCUCACGUGAACCCGAAGUGCUUCGAGCAACACGAAAACAAUUCGAUCGAACGGCAGAAAGAAGGUGAAGCUGUUAAACCGACCCAGCUAUGCGCUCUGUGGUUCAUCGGGUUAGAAUUUGAACGAUCGGAGAAUCUGAAUGUGGAUCUGACCGAUAGCAUACAGAAUUUUACGGAUUCCGUGCAUAAACACGCGGUGCAUAUCAAACUGCUGAAGGAUGGUAUGAAAAUCGAAGCUCGACACGUUCGACGGAAGCAACUGAGCCAGUAUCUGGAUCCGAAUUUGUUGAAGAGAGAACGGAAGAAUUCCGAUUCCGGUGUUGUGCUUUCAGUGUCGAGCAACACAAGUGGAGGUGGCUCCACUGGUCGGAAGCGACUGUCGUCGGAGCAUAUUCCAACGCCGACGGUGAACAAAAAAGGAAGGAACGAUUCCUUCGAGAACUGCCUGUCCAACUCAUCGUCGCAGUCGUCCCAGAGCUCGGUAGCAGCGGCAUUGGUGUCAUCACCAAACAACACUUCGGCAGCGGCUUUGAAUAACAGUAGCAGUACUAACAAUAACAGCACAGCUUCUGUCGUAGUAGAAUCCGGUUGUGCCCACAACGACAGCACCACCAGCAGUCACAAUAACAGCUCCACUCUGGUGACACUCGAUGAGUCCUCGUCGGAAACGACUAGCACUCAAUCGCAGAGUCUGGCCACCCAGCAACAACAGAUCCAACCAUCGCAGCAACAACCACUGCAACCCCAACCACAGACCGCUGCCGAAGUAGUUUGCUCAUGACAACCGAAUCCGUUCCGAAAGGUGAACAAUUGUCACCAACAUCAAGCUCUGCAGUCCAACCUCAACCAUAGCCAGCAGCAGCAGCAUAGUACCAGCAGCUAUACUGCGAACAGUAGUACUAAGAUUAUAAUUGAUCCUAGCAGCGGUAGUAGCACCAAUGGAAAUGGAACCGGAAAUUACGCUAGCGCGACUCGGAUGCAGUUUGCUGAAGUAAAAUCAUCGUAAAAUGAUUAUUUCAUUCAACAAGGCUAUCCUGAGAACACGGCUCAUGAAUACUAUUUUAUGAUUAAUACAGAAAACAAAAAUAUAGAGAGGAUGACCCCCCAUAAACAAACAUUCAGCUAAGGUAAGAGAAGAAAAUGGACAUUAAUUACCGAUAGUAAGUGUAGAGUUGUAUGAGAAGAAUAGGAGCAAGAUAUGAAACGCGACAAAAAUAUGACACAUUUAUCAAAUCUCAUUGCAAAACAAAAUGCUGACAACGGUUGAAUAGUUGGUUUAUGAAGAGAAAGAAAGAAAAAGAGAGAUACAUACGGGCAGAGAUGAAACGGAUCAAAGAGCAACUCUAUCUUAUAUACUAAACAAAACAAAAAAAAAAAAGAUUUAAAACAUUCUGUACAUAGAACUCAACUAGAAUUGUCAGGGCUCAUUUAUAGGUGAAUAAGACAUAAACUACUCUUAUUUAUAUUCGCGAGCCUGCUUCGUUCCAAGUAAGAUACAUUUUUUUUUCAUCUAAUUUUACAUUCAAAGCAAGCACAGCUAAAUACUACCGUUCUUUUGGAUACAGCAAAAGAGCAACAAUCGAACAUUUGCUAUGUUUCUCAUUUUUAUAUAAACACGAGAAAACUAGCAACCCGCUCGAAUCCCCCGCCGUCGUUGUUCACUUGUAGCAUUUGGAUUUAGAACUGUCCGGAUUGACUUUGUUUUUUUUUGCUAGACAAAACAUUUCACGAAGCAAACGUGCUAUCACCAAAUUAGCAAAGGCGAAAAAUGUAAGCAAAAAUCCAACGUAAAUUAUUUGAUUAUGUUUUUUUUAAUGAUAUGUAACCGUAUUAGUUUGUAGCUGUAGCCAAGCGGUUCGAUGUGUAGGCUCGUGUUAGCAGCACUGUGUAGAAGUUUUGACUAGAAAAGUUCCCGAGUCUAAUUCGAUGGUACAGAGAGAGAAAGAGAGAGAGAGGAGAGUUUUUACAAUAAAUUUUUGCCACUUUUGUGUGGGGAAUUUUAACAUGAAAAUGAAGGAAAGCAGACGCGGUUAAUCUACCAAUAUUUUUCUGUAAAUAAAAACUUUUUUCAUUAUGAUGGAUAUGAACUAGCAAGACGCAGAACAAGCGUAUGAUGAAGGGAGAUGAGAUAUUACGCCGGCGGGCUAAUGUGCGGUUUAAUAAGGUAGCAAAUGUGAAUUUAUGUAACUGAACUUAUAUUAAUUUACUUAAACAACUACAACAAACAGUAAAUAAGUGGUGAAAAUGUGUUGAACGAGACAGAUUAAAAUUAAAAUCAAUUUUUGAACAUUUUCGGAUUUUAUUUUUAUAAAAUAACAUCCAUGCGACGUGUAAUAAACUUGAAAAAAUGAUUCAUCUUGAAAAGAAAAAAAAAUAAACAACAUGGACAUAAAAUGUUUGGAAAGAAGUCUAUAAAUAUCUAUAACGUAAACAUAUGAAAGUAUAAAAUCAUUGAAAAUAAAGAAAAAAGGAUAUAUAAACAUACGGGGGAAGCAGAAUCUUCUUUCUCAUUGUUCCAAUUUUCAUUCGAGCAUUAUAUGGAAAAUAAAACAAACAAAAAAAAAAUAUUACAGACAACGUUAGAAUAAAAGUGGUGAACAAACCAAAAAAAAACUAUGGACGAUAAAGUGAACUCCAGGGGGCAGCAUUGAUUGACAACAUUUGACUCUUACACUCUUCUAAACGUACGAACGGUUCCAAAGUUGAAAUUUCACGAAACAGAAUAAAUUGUCACGCGUUUCAUGGGGAGCCACAGCGCAGGAUUGCCAGGACAAGUGAAGAAGGGAAGCACGUUUCGGAUCGAAUGGCUUGUUGAAAAAAAAAAAAAAAUGAAGAACAAAAAAAAAAGAUAUAAAAAAAAACAAUUAGCCCUUUUCGAACUGGAUCCCGAAAAUUCAGGUUGCAGGUUAUGUGAUUUAUCAAAAAAAAAAAAAAAAACGUAGAGCUAGGCAAAGAUGAAGCUGUAUAAAAUUCCAUGUAACGCAAAACCAACAUUUCGGAGAGAGUUUCAAUAAAGGUAUAUUUAUCCACGUUUCGACAGAAAGAAAA